AAUCCCUUAUUCAAUUUCCCUACUCCAACCUGAUGCAUUUGUUUGAUUGGUUGGAUUCACCAAGUGGAACCUCGAUUGACUGCCAGAGCAAAGUUCAUCAACAAGUUCCUAUAGUUGCCUGAAUACUCUGCCUGUUAUUUAUCGAGGAGAGGAUGGAAGAAUGCAGUACCAAUCCUGCAGAUAGAAUGCCGAACAAGCAUUCACUGGAUAUCACAUUGGAGGAAUUGGUACGGACGAGAGAGGAGAUCAAGAGAGCUCGGGAAAGUGCGGUGCAAUCCUGGAUAGACUCCAUGCCCUCCAUUGAUGAGCUCGAAAGUUCUAGAUCUGUCCUCUCAAGAACCAGAAACAGAGUUACCAUGUACACCACAGCCAUUGCAUCGCUCUGCUCCCUGCUCAACUCCACUGGCAGAAGCAUCAGACAUAAACAAGCAGAGGAGAGCAACUCUAAGAUGGCAGCUGCAGAGAUGCGUCAAGAAGCCCACAGGAGACGUGAGGAGAUGGAGAGCCUGAAGGUGGAGAUGGAAGAGAUGGGUGCAUCUAGGAACAAGGUAAAGAUGAAGCUUCAAAUCAAAAGCCAGUUGCUGAAAGCCUUGCAACUUAAGUUGAGAGCGAUUGACAUGGAGAUGGAAGCAGUAAAUGAAUCAGUGGAUGCCACUCUGCAUCAAGCAAAACAUCUGAGAGCGGAUCACAAGAUGAUAGCUCUCUCACAUGAAGAAUACAAUGUGAUGUGCAGGAGAAUGGAGGAAGAGGCUGCAGCAGCAAGUUCUCGGAUUGUAUGGUGGGAUGGCAAGCGUUGUGCAGCAGCAGAUAGAAAGGCUAAUGCAUUGCAACGACUGCAGGCUCUUCAAAGAGAGAGGGAAAUAGCAGGAGUCAUGUCGAAAGAAGCACACUUAGAAGCAGGUAAGAAAACCAAAACCAAAGCUUCUCCACUGCAAGGGAAGCUGAAAGAGACUGAAGGAUACUACCAGCAACCGAGAAGGAGAGCAAGAAGGCAAAGCAGUGAGAAGGAGGUGAGGAAGAAGCAAUCGAUUCUUCAAAAAACUCGAAGAUUCAUCAUGCGGAAGCUAAAGUGGUUCUUCAACUGAUGACAAUGAAUAAGCAUCUUUUGUCAUGUAGAUUUCACGUGGUGUAUCAGUGUAACUAUCAGAAGUAUUCAGAUACGUACACAGAAACUACAACAAAUAUGAAACUUCUUGGCAUCUUAAUGUUGCUUAGCAUAACAUGGUUGGCAGAUCCAAAAUAUGAAGGAAACUAAUGCUUUAGAUGGUGAUGUACUUAUGGAAAGAAAUGAUUGGUUCCUGCAGGAGAGACAUGCAUUUA